CGCCUCCGGCCCGCGGCAGGCUUUGGGCCUGGAGCGGGCGGCUCCCUCCUCCGCGCCUCACGAGAGGCUCUUGGGGCGUUUAGCCAACCAGAGCCGGCCUGGGCAGGGCCGAAGGGAGGCUCCCGCGCCCUCAGAAAACGCCGCUCCGGGCCUCCUCUCGCCGGCGGCGGCGGCGAAGGGGGGCGGGAUGAGGUGGCCGCGCCCGUCCUUCCCCCUCAGCGCCGCCAGAGCUGCUUUCCUCCUCCUCGCCCGCCGCGCCGCCAUGGCCCAGCUCCGCGCGCCGUCCUCCUCCUCGUCGUCCACCGCCACCGCCUUCGAUUACCUGGUGCUGGGGGGCGGCUCGGGCGGGCUGGCCAGUGCCCGGCGCGCCGCAGAACUCGGGGCUCGGGCUGCGGUGGUGGAAAGAGGGCGGCUCGGGGGUACCUGCGUGAAUGUUGGAUGUGUACCUAAAAAGGUGAUGUGGAAUACAGCCGUCCACACGGAAUUCAUCCAUGAUCAUGCAGAUUAUGGCUUUCAAGUAGCUGAUAUGAAAUUUAAUUGGCGAGUAAUUAAAGAAAAGCGUGAUGCUUAUGUGAAGCGGCUGAAUGAGAUCUAUCAAAAUAAUUUGAACAAGGCUCAUGUAGAAACCAUUCACGGCUAUGCGACGUUUACCUCUGAUCCCACACCCACGGUUGAGGUGGAUGGUAAAAAAUACACCGCGCCCCACAUCCUGAUUGCGACUGGUGGGCAGCCGGUGGUCCCCAGCGAGAGUGAGAUCCCCGGAGCCAGUUUGGGGAUUACCAGCGACGGGUUCUUUGAACUGGAAGACCUGCCUAGGCGCGCUAUUGUUGUUGGUGCUGGGUACAUAGCUGUGGAGAUAGCGGGCAUCCUUUCGGCUCUAGGGUCAAAGACGUCCCUGCUGAUCCGCUAUGGGGAGGUGCUGAGGAAUUUUGAUUCGAUGAUCAGUUCCAAUUGCACUCAAGAACUGGAGCAUGGUGGUGUAGAAGUCUGGAAGCAUUCAAAGGUCAAAUCGGUCAAAAAGUUACCUUCUGGACUGUUGGCAGUAACCGUAACAUCCUCUCCUCCCAGUCAGAAGCCCACUGUUAACACCAUUGAGGACGUUGACUGUCUGUUGUGGGCCAUCGGGAGACAGUCCCGGGAUGCCGGUCUUGAUUUGAACUUUUGUUUCUAAUAUCAGGCUCUUAAGGUAGACCCUGCAGGCCACAUUAUUGUUGAUGAGUUCCAAAACACCAGCCGGCAGGGGAUCUACGCUGUCGGAGAUGUAUGCGGGAAAGCACUUCUCACCCCAGUUGCAAUAGCAGCGGGCAGGAAAUUGGCGCACAGACUUUUUGAAGGUAAAGAAGAUUCCAAACUUGACUACACCAACAUUCCUACUGUGGUCUUCAGCCACCCACCUAUCGGAACAGUGGGACUAACAGAAGCGGAAGCUGUAGCCGCCUAUGGAAGAGAGAACAUCAAGGUUUAUACGACUUCCUUCGUCCCAAUGUACCAUGCUGUAACCACAAGGAAAACAAAGUGUGUCAUGAAACUGGUCUGUGCCACUCCACAGGAAAAGGUGGUAGGACUUCAUAUGCAAGGUCUGGGAUGUGAUGAAAUGCUCCAAGGCUUUGCAGUGGCUGUCAAAAUGGGAGCAACCAAGGCUGACUUUGAUGAGACUGUAGCCAUUCACCCAACUUCGUCAGAAGAGCUGGUUACCCUUCGUUAAAAGACUGCCCCCCAGCUGAAGCUUAACCAAAAGCAUUGUAUAAGAUGCCAAGGAGCAACCUUCUCAGAAUCCUGCUCACCCAUCCCUGUGCCUGAAGAGAAGAUCUGAAUUAUAUCAUCCUUUCUUACUGAACCUUGCUGUAAAUCAGGUUAUCCGCGAAUGAACACUGAGAAAAAUCAGGACUGGGACCGUGGGGCUUAGACAACUUGAGAAGGCUGUCAGAAAAAUAAAUGGGCUUUUAAAAUCAA